ACUUCAUUCAUUUUUUGCUUAUCAUAUUGUGUACAGAUAAUUUUCGAAAUGGAGCUAUGCGGCAUUCUCAAACACUUAGAAAUGAAAGAUUACUUUAUGAUCGCAAAGAUAUCAUCACAGUCAUUCCCGGAGAUUCAACCGUCAUUUGUGAAAAACAGCGGCAAUGAAAUUUGUAAAAGUUGGACCAUAAUGAAUAAUCAAGGUGUACAUCAUGAACUGAUUUAUAACCAGAUUGAAAUGCAUCCACUGGUUCUAAGUGGAUGGCCUUGUAUGGAAUCGUAUUACAAUCUACCAUCGGAUGUAGUUUUGACGAUUGGAUAUUAUGGUAACAACAACUUUUCAAUUUUAUCAUUUAAGGAGGUACGGAGAGCCCAAGAUUUACCGCAUUUUCAUAGCAGAAACGUCUUUUCCAAUGACAUAUAUUAUUUCGACGUAGAUCUCCAUCCAUUCAGUGUUGAUAUUCCAAAAUUAGUUGAGUUGUCUCUAAUCUUUGUGAAAUUGCAGGAGAAUUUUGCAACCUUCCUUAGAGACCAUGCAUAUGAAUACAUUGUGCUGUGCGGUGACAACGGGAAGAAUAAAUUCAUGUCUACUUUGAAAAUUGAAGAUCCUCGCCGCACAAAGAUAGGAUAUGGAUGGAAUGAUUUUUGCAAGUCCAACAACUUCAAAUGCGGAGAUAGGAUCCGAUUUAGGUUAGAUGUUACUUCAUUAGACAAAACUUGUUAUGUGUAUUUAAUUGCAUGA